GUUGCACACACUACUUUACUAAUAAUGCUCUUCACUAGUUACAACUUACAAGGAAAAAAACUAGCCGUUACUCAGAGUUUGUAACAAAAGAGAGCCUCUGAAACUGAACCCGGCAUUCUUUCUCUCUCUCACGCUCUCAACCCCCGCGCGCACCUACACUUCUUUAUGUCAUCACGUGCUCCUUCUCACUCCUCACUACAAAAACAAUUCCUUCAACUGUUCCCCUCAUGUUCCUACCUAUCUUUCUAUGCCCUUCUCCACUUCACUCACAACAACAAACACACUCUUCUUGUUCCUCUAACUCAACUCAACUCAACAUCUCUUAUUCUUUUUACAUUCAUUGUUUUUAUUUUCGUUAUGGUAGUGCAGGAAACCAACCCGACUUCACCACGUGGGGUGACAAAUGCUGACCAUGUUUCUUGUAAGAAGAAAGAAAGAUGGAAGAUUUGGUCCAAGAUGCACAACCCAUGUUGUUUUUUCUUUCUCUUGUGUGUUGUGCUUCCCACGUGCUUGAGGCCAGUUUCCUGUGAAGAGGAUGGUUGGGAUGGGGUGGUUGUGACAGCAUCAAACUUGUUAGCACUACAAGCAUUCAAGCAAGAGUUGGUUGAUCCUGAAGGCUUCUUGAGGAGUUGGAACGACAGUGGCUAUGGAGCAUGUUCAGGAGGUUGGGUUGGUAUCAAGUGUGCUCAGGGACAGGUUAUUGUGAUCCAGCUUCCGUGGAAGGGGUUGAGGGGGCGCAUCACAGAUAAAAUUGGCCAACUUCAAGGCCUUAGGAAGCUUAGUCUUCAUGAUAACCUAAUCGGGGGCUCAAUCCCUUCAACUUUGGGACUUCUUCCCAACCUUAGAGGUGUUCAGUUAUUCAACAAUAAGCUAACAGGCUCCAUCCCUUCUUCUUUAGGUUACUGCCCUUUGCUUCAGUCUCUUGACCUAAGCAACAACUUGCUCACAGGAACAAUCCCUUAUAGCCUUGCCAAUUCCACCAAGCUUUAUUGGCUUAACUUGAGUUUUAACUCCUUCUCUGGUCCAUUACCAACUAGCCUAACUCACUCAUUUUCUCUCACAUUCCUUUCUCUUCAGCAUAAUAAUCUAUCUGGCCCUCUUCCCAACUCAUGGGGUGGGAGUGGGAGUGAGAGUCCCAAGAAUGACUUUUUUAGGCUUCAAAAUCUGAUCUUAGACCAUAACUUUUUCACCGGAAAUGUUCCUGCUUCUUUGGGUAGCUUAAGAGAACUCAGUGAGGUUUCCCUUAGUCAUAACCGGUUUAGUGGAGCUAUACCAAAUGAAAUAGGAACCCUUUCUAGGCUUAAGACACUAGACAUUUCUAAUAAUGCCUUGAAUGGGAGCUUGCCUGCUACCCUCUCUAAUUUAUCCUCACUUACAUAUCUGAAUGCAGAGAACAACCUCCUUGACAAUCAAGUCCCUGAAUCUUUAGGUACAUUGCAUAAUCUUUCUGUUUUAAUUUUGAGUAGGAACCAAUUUAGUGGACAUAUUCCUUCAAGUAUUGCAAACAUUUCCACGCUUAGGCAGCUUGAUUUGUCACUGAAUAAUCUCAGUGGAGAAAUUCCAGUCUCCUUUGACAGUCAAAGUAGUCUAAAACUCUUAAAUGUUUCUUACAAUAGCCUCUCUGGUUCUGUGCCCGCUCUACUUGCCAAGAGAUUCAACUCAAGCUCAUUUGUGGGAAAUAUUCAACUAUGUGGCUACAGCCCUUCAACCCCCUGUCUUUCACCAGCUCCAUCAGAAGGAGUCAUUGCCCCACCUCCUGAAGUGGCAAUACACCGCCAUCAUAGGAAGCUAAGUACCAAAGACAUAAUUCUCAUUGUAGCAGGAGUUCUCCUUGUAGUCCUGAUAACACUUUGUUGCAUCAUGCUCUUCUGCUUGAUCAGAAAGAGAGCAACAUCAAAGGCAGAGAAUGGCAGAGCCAGAGCCGGCGGUACUAGCAUAGAAAAAGGAGUCCCUCCUGUUGCUGCUGGUGAUGUUGAAGCAGGUGGGGAGGUUGGAGGGAAACUAGUCCAUUUUGAUGGACCAAUGGCUUUCACAGCUGAUGAUCUCUUGUGUGCAACAGCUGAGAUAAUGGGAAAGAGCACCUAUGGAACUGUGUAUAAGGCUAUAUUGGAGGAUGGAAGUCAAGUUGCAGUGAAAAGAUUGAGGGAAAAGAUCACUAAAGGUCAGAGAGAAUUUGAAUCAGAAGUUAGUGUUCUAGGAAAAAUUAGGCACCCCAAUGUUUUGGCUAUGAGGGCCUAUUACUUGGGACCAAAAGGUGAAAAGCUUCUGGUUUUUGAUUAUAUGCCUAAAGGAAGUCUUGCUUCUUUCCUACAUGGUGGUGGAACUGAAACAUCCAUUGAUUGGCCAACAAGGAUGAAAAUAGCACAGGACUUGGCUCGUGGCUUGUUUUACCUUCAUUCCCAGGAGAACAUUGUACAUGGGAACCUUACAUCUAGCAAUGUGUUGCUUGAUGAGAACACAAAUGCUAAAAUUGCAGAUUUUGGUCUUUCUAGGUUGAUGACAACUGCUGCUAAUUCCAACGUCAUAGCUACUGCUGGAGCAUUGGGAUACCGUGCACCUGAGCUCUCAAAGCUUAAGAAAGCAAACACUAAAACUGAUAUCUACAGUCUUGGUGUUAUCUUGUUAGAACUCCUAACGAGGAAGUCACCUGGGGUGUCUAUGAAUGGAGUAGAUUUGCCUCAGUGGGUUGCUUCUAUUGUCAAAGAGGAGUGGACAAAUGAGGUUUUUGAUGCUGACUUGAUGAGAGAUGCAUCAACAGUUAGUGAUGAGUUGCUAAAUACAUUGAAGCUUGCUUUGCACUGUGUUGAUCCUUCUCCAUCAGCACGACCAGAAGUUCAUCAGGUGCUCCAGCAGUUGGAAGAGAUUAGACAAGAGAGAUCAGUCACAGCUAGUCCUGGCGAUGAUCCUAACAUCAUAUAGGACAAAUUUUGCAUUGAACCUUUUCUUUCAUUUUUUUUUGCAUGCCAGAAGUAGUAGUAGGUCCAUUAUAUACAUAUUCUAUAAUUCUUUCAUUCUUAUAUUAAUUUUGCCAAUUUGAAUGCUUGAGUUUGUAAAUACUACAUACUAUAUAAUAAGGUGGAUUCCCUCUCCCCCAAAGUUGGUGUGUGAUUCUGUUUCCUCCAAGGAAUAUAAUAGUUGAAAUAAUUGCUCUCAGGAACAGUUGUUGUUUCU